AACAGGCCUACCAACAUAAGUAACAGAAAAUGGGUUCACGAAGCUUACUAACACUGUUCCUUAUUUGUGUGUCGUAUCUAUGUUGGAGCGCUGAUGCUUCCUGCCAUGUUGAUAAAUCGAUUGGGAAGUUUAAAAUUGACAAAGUGGGGGGAGAAAUGCAUCUAACGUUUUAUUGUUCGUACCGGGGGAAGAAGUGGUCUUAUGGUAUUAUGGAGUUCGAUGAUGUUUGCGAGAGGUGUAAUUGUAAAUUCUUCUAUCCGUCAUGCUGCACCCUGGGCUCGGGAGUGACCACGGAGUACGAGGGCUGUACUAAGGUGACCCACGGCUGUCAGGCCCGCUACUACAGGCUGGUCAACGGACGGAAGAUGGACUGCUUCUCCGAUCUACCGUUUGACGAAAACUUCUGGUUGAAAUAAAAGUCUAUACACUUUGUUAAUAUAAUACUAUUUUUUAAAAAUGUUUAAAUUGGUUUGAGGU